AUGAAUCUCAGUGAAGUGUAUACCCAUAAGAAUUCUUGUUGCAAACAACAAAAAGCAACCUUGGUUGCUACAGUGAAAGGGAUGCUGACAGGAGACUCCCAGGUACCAAAGACUUUCCCCAAUUCCCACAGUGAUGUAGAGGGCCAGAUGACACCUGGAUCCAUCGUAAUCAAACCUGCCACCCUGGCUUAUAGUGCUAUAUCAGGGGGAUUCACGGCAAGUAGUGGUGCUAGCCAGUCAGUCUUGGUAGGGAAAAAGACUAUGUUAGAAGGAGAUGCCAGAACAGGAGCACAGAUUCCAAGAAGAGUGCUCCGGGAAGCCCGCCCCGCCCGGCCACUCGCACGCCCCGCCCCUCCUUACGCAGGCCCCACCCAAUCACACGCAGGCCCCGCCUCACGAGAGCUCGGGCCCGCCUGUGGGGUGGGCCCGGGACCGGCAGCCGCUGGCUCUCUCUUCCUGCUGGGCCCAGAGGACGCUGUAGGAGUUGGCACCACGACUCUAAUGAGGCUAGUUCGGUUGCUUGGCUGCAUCCCGGCCACCGCGUGGAGAGCGGCAAGAUCUCCCCUUUUGUGUCAUUCUGUGAGGAAAAUGAGUUCUCAAGAAGAGAAAUCCAAGCCCAUCAAACAGUCUCUUAAGAAGCCAAAGUUACCAGAAGGUCGUUUUGAUGCACCAGAAGAUUCUAAUUUAGAAAAAGAACCACUGACAAAAUUUCCAGAUGAUAUUAAUCCUGUUACCAAAGAAAAAGGUGGACCCAGAGGCCCAGAACCUACCCGAUAUGGAGAUUGGGAACGAAAAGGACGCUGUAUUGAUUUUUAAGCCACAUAUUACUAACUUCUUAACAUGUUUCAUGACAGCUGUCAAAUAUAUAGGUAAAAGUUGACAGUAUGAAAACGUUCAUGGUCUUUAUGUCCAUCAGACAUUAAUGGAAAAACCUGAAGACUUCCAAAAAAUGAUAUAGCAGCAAUGGAAAUUAUCACUCACAUCUCCUCCUAUGGGAAGCAGAGUUGACCAAGAACCCUAGCGGCUGCCCCCUGGAAUCUACCACUGUGUUCCUACUGAGGCCACACUUUCUGCAGGCUGUUCCCAGCCAAGGAAUGAGUAUGCUGGCCUACUUCCCUGAUGGGUGACAUUGGCUCAAGCACUCCCCAUUAAUCUGCCCAGUACAUUCUUCAGACCAUCUCUUCCUACCCAAUCCUUCUUUUCUCCUCUCGCCUUCACAGGAGUCAGACUCUGCCUGCUUUUCCCCUUUAUAAUUCAAAACAUCUCCCCAAUAAAUUUCUGACACAUAAUCCCA